AUGAUGUGCUUAUCAACCUAUUUAUUGAUAGAUAGUGGAGAUGGAGGUGGUGGUGAUAGAAUAUGGUGUAAUAAAGGUGGUGAAAAUGGAAAUAGUGAUAGUAAUAGAGGUGGUGAAAACAGAGAUGGGAAUAAAGGUGAUAUACAAAAUGGUAAAAAUGAAGAUAAUGGAAAUGAAAAUAGUGGUGGUGAUGGAAAUAGAGAGAAUGAAGAUAAUGAUAGUGACGACAAUGAAGGUGGUAUAGGUGAUGAAAUCGAAGAUAAUAGUGAUGAGAAUAGAGGUAGUAAAGUUAUGAAAUUCAAUAAAAAAAAAUAA